AAUGAACAUCAGAGAAAUCUCAUUAUGCAAUAUACAAAAGUCCUUGUGUUCCCUGUUUACCACCCAGUACACCCAAAAUAGCAAGCAGUAAAAUACUGGGAGUUUUGUAAAACUGAACACAAGAGCUUUUUACUGGAAACAGGGUGGAUGAUGUGGACUUUUACCAAACUAAUACAAGAUGAUAGUGUGGUUUAGAAGAUUAUGGAAUUCAGUGUCCCAGAGGACAUACUGAACCAAGGACAAUGUGAAGCAUACAUUGCUGAAAAGAAAUUUCAAGGAUAAAUUGAUUUUUUUUACCGUUGGAAUGUACAAUAUGAGAAACAUUUCUACAUGGCUUUCUAUAUUGGCGGAACUUUUCAUACUAUGGCCUUGUAUGAAUUUAUUGAAUAUUCCUAAUCAAGAAAUGAAACCAGCAAAUCUUGUAAGGGUAAAGCGAGGAUGGUCAUGGGAGCCAUUGUAUGUCACUGAGGAACAAGAAGUGAAAAAGCCAAUGUAUGUUGGUCAGCUGAAAACCGACUCUGAUGAUCAUGAUGACUCCAUUAAAUAUGUUUUGUUGGGGGAUGGAGCUGGAACAAUAUUUGUAAUGAAUGAACAUUCAGGAAAGAUCUCGGUGAUAAAGAAACUUGACAGAGAAGAAAAGCCCUUUUAUACUCUAAGAGCCCAGGCUAUAAGUAGAUUCACAGGUAUUCCUGUGGAAGCGGAAUCUGAAUUUGUCAUCAAAGUCUUGGAUAUCAAUGACAAUGAGCCAAAGUUUAUCAAUGAGCCUUAUAUUGCCGAAGUUUCAGAGAUGUCCCCUAAAGGCACAUACAUCACUCAAGUAAUAGCUACAGAUAAAGACGAUCCUACAAAUGGAAAUAAUGCUCGGUUGGUUUACAGCAUUUUACAAGGACAACCACAGUUUUCCAUUGAGAUAAAAUCAGGGAUAAUUCGAGUCGCUUCACUAAUUGACAGAGAAACUAAAGAUCAAUAUCAAGUUAUAGUGCAAGCCAAAGAUAUGAUUGGUGAUGCAGGGGCACUAUCAGCGACGACAACUGUAAUAAUUAAUAUACUGGAUGUUAAUGACAAUGCACCAAAAUUUCAACAAAAGACAUACGAGAUGUCAAUAAUCGAAUCAGCAUCUGUCGGAGAAAUAGUUGGAGUGGUUUUGGCUGAUGACAUUGAUAUUGGAAAAAAUGCGGAAGUGACUUAUUCAAUAGAACAAAGAGGGGAUUAUAAUAUGUUUACUAUAAGUACCGAUGUUUUGACAAAAGAAGGGAUUAUUCGACUAAAUAAGCUUGUCGACUUUGAAAGCAGAAGUAGAAGAUACAACAUUCAAGUAAGAGCAGAAAACAAGUAUAAAUCUGACCUGUUUGAUACAGCAACCAUUAGAAUAUUCAUUGUUGAUGUUGAUGAGCCUCCAGUGUUUCUUGAACAAGAAUAUUUUAUGGAAAUCCCUGAAAAUGCCACAGUUGGCUCAUAUGUUGGUUCUGUGACUGCGAAAGACCCUGACAGAACUGAUACCAUUAUAAGGUAUGGAAUUCUUCACAACAAACUUUCCAGAUCAUUUGAGAUUCAUCCAAAUAAUGGUUCUGUAUUUACGAUGAAAUAUUUGGACCGAGAAGUUGAUCAGUGGCAUAAUAUAACAGUUACUGCAACAGAGGCAAAAUCUCCGGCCUAUGUUUCAAAUGUCCAUGUGUAUAUUCGAGUCAUGGAUGUUAAUGAUAAUCCUCCGCAACUUCAAGAUAUGCCAGAUAUAUAUGUUUGUGAAAAAUCUGCAAUUGGACAGCCUGUACACACCAUAACUGCAAUAGAUAAGGAUGAACCUAAGCUCAGCCAUGAAUUCUCUUUUACUCAACACCUUGAGGAAUCAACCAUUGCAAAUUUUACUAUUACAGACAAUGAAGAUAACACGGCUACCGUUUUGACAGCACAAGAUGGAUAUAGCGCUGAAGAUAAUCCAUUAUUUUACUUGACAGUUAUAAUAAGUGACAAUGGGUCCCCUUCACUCAGCAGCACCAGUACCUUAGCCAUUAAAGUCUGUGAUUGUGACGCUGAUAACAAUACAGAAUCCUGUGGAAAAGGAGGAUUUUUCUUUACCUUUAUGAAUUUAGGAGCAAUCAUUGGUAUCUCCGUUUUCAUUCUGUUAAUUUUAGUGUUGGCUUUACUUGUGCAUGUGAGAUGUCAGAAAAAUCACAAUAUCAUGAGUGAAAAAGGAGAAGACUUGAAAGAAAACAUUGUCAAGUAUGAUGAUGAAGGGGGAGGAGAAGAGGACACAGAAGCUUUUGAUAUCACAGGACUCAGACAUCACACAGUAAUGCGAGAGCGUAAGCCAAAGAGGACCAUAAGAACUGAUAUUCAGAGUAUGUAUCGACUGUCAUUGGGGCUUGGUCCUGACGUUGCCAUAUUUAAGGAAUUCCUAUCAGAGAAAUUAGAAGAAGCAAAUACAGACACUAGUGUUCUUCCUUUGGACUUCCUUCAUUGCUAUUCUUUUGAAGGUACAGGCUCUCCAUCUGGAUCACUUAGCUCACUGAGCUUUACUGAGAGUAAUGUAUCAGAAAUAGAUCCAUAUUAUUGAAAAUCAAACAUGAAUGAAUAUUUUUAUUUUAUUUUUAUUGUGCUUUACGAUACUCAUGACUUGUGGAAAUCAUGUACAUUAAAUAAAGGGAGGUCAUGUGGCUGCUAUGGAUCUGAUGGAUAAAGGGGUUCCCAACCCUGGUUUGUCCCAUUCUCUUUGCUAUUAAGUUAAUGGGGUUCUCUCACUUCAGUAAAUGGCAUUUAUCAUAUAGAGACAGUUACUACUAGGCACCUACUAAUGUAUUGUGAUUGUCCAUUUUGCCUUGUUUGGGUUGUCUCAUCUCAACAUUACUAAGGCAAGAUGAAACACAGUCCUGACCAGCUCCCGGCUGGGAAACAGCAGAGGGCUCCAGCGCUGUUUCAGUAGCUCUAGUUGUUGUGCAUGACAGCUAUGGAAAGAGUGUAGCACAACAAGCUAUGCUGAUUCUGAGUUAGGGAAACAAUAUAGCUUGCUGUGUUACACUAUUUUAGUAGCUGUCAUGCAUUGCAAUGAGAGCUACUGAAACAGCAGAACGCAAGAGCGCUCUACCGUUUCCUGGCCGCGAGGUGGCCGAGACUGUGUCCUAUCUCACCUUAGUAACGGCGAGAUGAGACAACCCCUUUAAGUAAUUUUUCCAUCACAUUAUACAUUGCUCAUUUACAGAGGUUAUAGCCACAGCUGAAGCGCUGAUACGAGGUGGCUGGCAUGGGCGCUACUCCGCAUGUGUGCAUAUGUGCACUCCCAUGGUCUCAGCCACCAGAGAUGCUGGUACUUUUUCCUACAGUGUGCAAGCAUGGCCACUGCUCCUGGAUUGCAGGGUAGUCGUACGGCCUGCAUAUGAGCAGUGUAUAAUGUGAUUGAAUUAAGCCAGCAAAGGGGGCAAUAUGGAGAAUCACAAUACAUUAGUAAGUGCCUUGUAUUAACUUUGUCUACAUGAUAAAAAGCUAUUUAUUGAAGUGAGGCGGGCCAUUUAAGAAAACCUAUAGAAAACGCCUCUUUCUAGAGGACUGAUAAAGUCCUUCUGUCCAAAGUGAGAAACAUAACCACAUACUAGUAGCCCUCCAUGAACAAACAUAGUCACGUUAUGACAUGCACAAUCCCUGGACAUGCCAAACUUGUGGUGUGAAAGCUGAAAUCACUUUCCCUGAACAUGUCAACUGACAGCGAACUGCAGCCUAAACAACUGCAAGUGCAGAUAAGGUAUCCUCUUUACUUAGAAUGCACAGCUAUCCUUAUUUUCUCACUGGUAUAUUGUAGCUAUUGACAACUCUUUAGAUUCAGGAUACAUGGCAUCUUAAAAGGGUUUUCAAAGAUCAGGAAAAAUGAUCCAAGAAGGAGAAAUACCAUAAAACAAUAAAAGACAUACAGUAUGGUACUUCACCUGCUAAAUUUCCUGCUGCUGCAGUGUGACUUCUCCGAUACUCCCUACUGGUCUUUGUUCACAGUGCUGCAGUGGUGGGGAGUCCAACUACCCAUGUGACUGCUGUAGCCAAUCAAGUUGCAGGCCAACUUUUAUUGUUCAAUAUAGUGAAUGUUAAAUCUGAUAUUGAGACUAUUUUUUGAUAGUCAGGAAUAGGGGUUUGCAUACUUUUUAACAAGUU